GCCCUAAACUCACAAGGCCAUCUCACAGACCGACAACGCCCUAGGCAAGCAGCAAGCGCACACGUAAACGUACACCUACCUCGGCGAGCAAAAGGGAAAACGCUGAUCGGAGCAACGAAGCCCGCAGCCAUGCCGACGGCGACGGCCACGGCCACGGCAGCUCCUCGCCACGCGGCGCUCUUCCUGCCCCUGCUGCUGCUCCUGCUCGGCCUCCACGCCACGUCCGCCGCCGCCGCGCGCGCGGGCGUCGCCGUGGACGCCGAGCUCACGUCCACCAAGCCGUCCCCGGUCCCGAAGAAGCCCAGCGUGAAGCCGCCCGGCCCCGGCGCCGCGAGCCCGACCUUCCCGGGCUUCGGCAUCCCCGGGAUGGGCGGGUUCGGCAUCCCCGGGAUGGGCGCCGGCGGGUGGGGCGGCGGCUACGGCGGGCCCGCCGGCGGGUACGCCCGCGGCGGCGUGGUGGCGCCCACCGUGACGUGCUCCGAGAAGGGGCCCUGCUACAGGAAGAAGGUCACCUGCCCCAAGAAGUGCUUCUCCUCGUACAGCGGCGCCGGCAAGGGGUACGGCGGCGGCGGCGGCGGCGGCAGCUGCACCGUCGACUGCAAGGUCAAGUGCACGGCCUACUGUUGAUUCGACUCGUCCGCUGCUGGCGCGUAGCGGUUUGGCAGUGGGCGGUGCUAGUGGCUGGCGGUGGCGGCCUGCUAGCUGCUGUUGGUGUGAUGGCGCGUGUGCGUGUCGGUGAGCUGAGUACCGGGUGGUUAACUUGUGUUAUCAUCCCCAAUAGUAUACUAGCGUACUUCUCGUUCUGGGGACUAUUUAUACGUAGACCACGAUAUGCGUAGGGGCGGUUUAUUUCUAAGAUAAGAAUAUAAGAUGCUCUGUUUAUGGUGUUUAUUAGUGUUAUAAUCAUCAAAGUUGUGUUCCUGCUUUGGUUAAGUGAUAAGACGUGCUUGUGAAAUCCAGUAUGCAUAAAUAAAGAGCUAUAUUGUAA